GAAUUUUUUCAUCAAACCCGAGAUGAUCCCGCAGCAGCAGCGCGGCGCGCGUGUCGCAGCUCAACCGUCUCCCGCAUUGUAGCCAAAAACUAUGAUGUCAAACCUCUCAAUGCCAUUUCAUUCCUGGAUUUAUCACUGGCUUUGCUUUUAUAUUUAGAGAAGACUCUUUUGUGUGUGAGUUUUUAAUUUAUCUCCUUAGUUUUAGGAGAGCAUGCGCGUCAUUUGGCGAGGAUUGCCGAGGUGCCACCGGGAGUGAGAGUCGGGCAAUAUGCGCCUCUGGGAUAUGCGUUUCAACCGUAAGGCUUAUGGAAUAUAGCCCGAAUAUAGCCUUGUGGUCCAGCCCCGUGAAGAAGAAACUAAUCCUGCUCAGCAUCAUGUUUUUAAUCUGGGUCUACAUGCUGUACUCCUGCGUGGGCUACUGCUCCACCAUGCCCAGCCCGCUGGUGGACGCUCGCCGGGCCAAGGAGACGGCCACGGCCGCGGGCAAGAGGACAGAGAGCGGCGGCGCGGACCUGGUGUCCAGACUGCUGGCCCAGCCGCAGCCGUGGGAGGAUAUAGAGAGCGACUACGAGGAGCCGUCCAUCAGGACCGCGGCGUCCAGGGACCUGCUCAACGACGAGCUGGAGGCGGAGCGCGCCGACGACUGGGACGAGAUGCGCGCGGAGCGCCACAGGGCGCCGGAGCCCAGCGCCAUGUCCAGCUUCUCCAACGGCUCCGGGAGCAAGAAGCUGCCGCAGGCGAUCAUCAUCGGGGUGAAGAAAGGAGGCACCCGGGCUCUGCUGGAGUUCCUCCGGGUCCACCCGGACAUCAGGGCCGUGGGAGCGGAGCCGCACUUCUUCGACCGCAACUACGAGAACGGGCUGGAGUGGUACAGGGAGCUGAUGCCUAAAACUCUGGAGGGCCAGAUCACCAUGGAGAAAACCCCCAGCUACUUUGUGACCAGAGAGGCUCCGGCCCGGAUAGCCGCCAUGUCCCGGGACACCAAGCUGAUCGUGGUGGUGAGGGACCCCGUCACCAGGGCCAUCUCGGACUACACGCAGACGCUGUCCAAGAAGCCCGACAUUCCCUCCUUCGAGAGCCUCACCUUCAAAAACAGGACUACGGGGCUCAUCGACACGUCGUGGAGCGCCGUGCAGAUCGGCAUCUACGCCAAGCACCUGGACAACUGGCUGCAGUACUUCCCCAUGGAGCAGAUCCUGUUUGUGAGCGGCGAGCGGCUGAUCAGCGACCCGGCCGGAGAGCUGGGCCGCGUGCAGGACUUCCUGGGCCUCAAGAGGAUCAUCACGGACAAACACUUUUACUUCAACCAGACCAAGGGUUUCCCGUGCCUCAAGAAAGCCGAGGGCAGCAGCAAGCCCCACUGCCUGGGCAAAACCAAAGGGCGGACCCACCCCAACAUCGACCCCGAGGUGGUGCAGAGGCUACGGGACUUCUACAGGCCCUUCAACAUGAAGUUCUACCAGAUGACUGGACAUAACUUUGGUUGGGAUUGAUGGGAACAUCAUGAAAGACCCCCAAAAAACAAACAAAAAAAUUGUCAGUUGGUCAACAAGUUAUUUUUUUUCUCUUCUGUAAUUCAAUGGCAAGAUGCGGAGAUAUUGCUAUAUAUAUGUAAAAUGUACAGAAAUCUAUUUUAUAAUAAUUUAUUUUUAUUUCAAAGCAAUUAAUUCACUAAGCUGCCUAACCAUAUUUGUACAUAACAUCUGGCCCACAUGUUGUUUCUAACAUUCCUCCUUUUAAUCCUCAAUUCUCUCACCUCCCUGUAAGCGGAUUCAUCGGUGCUUCGAAAUGCAGAUAAUCAGCGGUGACUGAAAAGUUGGUGGAAAAUAUAAAAGCACCACAUUACGGGUACCGAGUGCUCACGCAGAAGCGGACAACACCUUUCCAUGUGCAUCCUCAUGCUUAUAUGCAUCAUACCUUCAUCCUUUUCAAACCCACUCAUUGUCAGUACGAUUCGUCUGUAGCGUGUUUCACUGCAAUCCAAUUUGCCUGCACUUGGCUGCAGGUCUCAUGUCCCUUUCCACUCAAUAACAGUUAGAUCAAUAGGCCUAAUUGAUCCUCAUUGUGUCACUCAUGCUUAAAGCAAACAGCUGCCCUUUCAUUCUCAGUGCUCCUGCUGCCUGCUCUAAUGAAUGACCCAUCCAUCAAACGGUAAAUCCUGUCCCGGACCACAUAAGGGCCCAUGUUAACAUUAUGCUAAUCGGGUAAAGGUAACUGGCAGAUCGAUCGGGCCUCCGCUCUCUGACUCCCCAUUAGAAGCGGCGUUGGCUGAGAGCCAGGCUCCGCUCAGUUCAAAGGUCACACAAAGUCUCAAUCCCAUUUCCCUGAGAGGCAUUUGAUUUGCCGAGCCGAGCAAAUCCGGCGCAGCGCCUUGGUUCCACUUAAAAAUAAAUAAAUAAAUAACACAUCUUUGGGUGAGGCAGAGGCGGCGUACCCGUCAGGAAUCCAGCAUAAAGGUAGAAAAAAGAAAAAAAAGAUGGCAACAACUUGGCUUAACUGCAAUAGCGCUUCUUCAAGCAGGUCCACCAGGCCCCAUCUCCAAUCCCAGACUAAAGACAUCAAAGGAAGAGGAAAGGUUUUUGUGAUGCCCUCGCAAAACGGCAAGAAUUGCCUCAGGCGGCGCGCCGGUGGGGCAGAGGGGGGGGGGGGGGGGGCAGGGAUCAGUGUCUAACCUCUCCGGUGUUGUAAGGAAACCUCAUGUGCCAUCUUCCAUGGCCUAUAUACUUUAUGCCUUAUUCACUCACACCUUUACCCCCCCUCGCCCCCCCCAACCGUUUCACGCAGCAUGAGUUGCUAUAUUCGACCCCCCUCCCUCCCUCCUUCCCUACACCAGCUCUUUGUUUUUGUCUUUCUACUUGAAUUCUUGAUAUGCAAGAGGGACAGAGCGCGUGGUUAUCAUUCUUUGGUGUGCAGCAGCAGGCCCGUAUAGAAGGGAGGCGGCCCCGCUAGGCUACGCUAAGCCACACUAUGCUAUGCUAUGCAUGCUCAAUGUUGUCGCCAUCAUCAAAAUGCAGGGAUAAUGGGAAGGGAUUAUUAGCAUCCAGAGGAGCGCUGUAUGUGUUUAAGCAGGGUCAAGACUGAAUGUACACAAACUGCCCUCCCACUAAAAGACCCCGGCGUCCAUUUCCAAGGUCAGAUUGUCACUCUGUUACAGUCUAAAGUCACAUUUGAUUGUGAUUCUCUUGUUUUCAAGUUAGGAAAAUGCUGUGCCUCUUUAAAUAGCCAACACAACACAGUUCGCCCACUCUUGUCAUGAACCUAUUUCACAUAUUUUCCAGUUGAAACCAGCUGCCUGGUUUAGCCUCCAACCAAUGUUUGGGAUGAGGGGAGAUGGAGGCUUGCUGUAGUGCCAUUCUUUACUUUCACCAAGUUCGAGCAAUGAUACUGCGAGUGAGAAUUUAUGGAGAGAAAGCCUUCACUCCCUUUUCUUCUUAGUGCAAUUUUGUAUUAUUAAAAAGAAAGCAUUUAUGAUGACCUCUCUCAGCAAGCUGUCAUAUUCUGGAAGGAAAGUCUGACAUUUCCACUGUAAUUAAUGGAGAACUGCAUUUGAAUUCCAGUCAAGUUCAUGUAAUUGAGGAGAAUAUAUGAAAGAAAAAAAAAACUACUUGCACUCAUGGGUUUACUCGUGUUGCUGCAUCGGUUAUGGUUGAGUUUUAUUCAACCUGCUUUGAGAUCUAAAAAUGUUACAACUGUUUGUUUUACCCACAUAUAAUAUUUAGACUAGCAGAUCUGUAUGUACAAAA